UGUACAGUUUGUCUUGUCUCUGUUGGAGCCAGAACCGGAAAAAAGACCAACGGUUAAAGCAGCAAUGCAGGAUAAAUGGCUGAACGAGGGUUAUUCUAAGAGAUUACUACAAACUGUCAUUUACAGAAACAGACUGAGACAGGAAGAUCUAAAUUCAGCUGUGGUAAAUUACAUGACAGAAUCACUUGGUUAUGGUCUUUCUGAGAUCAUCCAUGCUGUCAUCAACAACAAGCCAUCUGCCAUCUUAGCCUCUUAUCAUCUACUGCUGAAGAAACUCACCAGGUAUCAGAAAGGAGUCAAGGCUAUGAAGAGAGAAGAAAACAAUGAAUGGAAUCUUGUCAAUAAAGGAUUUUCUAAAGAAAAAUGCUUUUCAGAUGCAAAGAGUCAGCAGCAGUCUCCUCAGCAUGACACAUCCAAUGAGAAGAGUUCAAGGCAGGCCAGUAGGACCCAGAGGAGCCAAUCACCUGACAGAGAUGCCCGGAGUGGCAAGAAAAGGCCAGUGGAGACAAAUGGACCAAGGCAGCAAAGCCCAAUGGAUAGAGCAGAUUCCCCAAGCUCACCACCUGUGGAUACAGCUAAUGAGAUUGCGAUACUUGUAGAGACACAUGAUAGACUGAUUCCAAAGGUCUCAACUUUUGCCGAAAAGGAAGCGCUUCACGUCUCACCCCCCCAGUGUGCCUGCCGAGAGGGGAGUGAUACAAAUCUCUGUGACUCAGCUCCCUGUGAUGCCACUGUAACCACAGACACCUCCAGAGACUCCCAGACAAUAAAAACAUUGAACAAACCGCGUGACCUGAGAACGGCUUACUCUGACAGAUAUCAAAGCUUGGAAUCCGAACAUCACCAAGAUGAUCACAAGUUGGAGAAGUUGCAGACAUUUUACUCCGAGAAAGGCACAUCUCCAAAAACGCACCUAGAGAGCAGAGCGGGACAGCGCUUUAAAGAUCUUUUACUGGCCAUUGAAGAGAAAACGUACAAUGCUCGCCACAUCAGCCCAAUGGAAACCACAGCACAAACCUCACCUUUACCACGACUACGCCACACUGGAACACUAAAAGAAGCUACGCCUAGAAAAGUCAACUGGGUUGGCUUUACACGCCAUGCAACUGCUGGCAGAGGUUCCUCACCUUUCUUAGUAAAUGGGACCAAACCACCUUUGUUUCCAUCACAGAGACAACAAGCUCUCGUCAUUAAAAACCUGAGACAUGCAAAGGAGAAGAGAAACACAGGGGGAGGAGGAAUAGGUAUCCCCAGUAGUACCACAAAAAGAAACUCUGUUCAGUUAAGAACGGCUAUACAGCGCAGAGGCGCAGACCUUAACCUACCAAUGCUCCCAUCAGCUUUACAAAACAAAUCUGACAAAAAGACAGAAAUACUCAGAAUGGACUUUGGGUGACAGAGGUUCGGAGAGGAAGAGGGAAGGAAAUGGGUUAGGAAAAUUUAAUGGCUGAACCGAAUUGAUUUCUAGCCUUGCGUAUCUGCUUCCUCUCUGAUAUAAGAAUAAGACUGAUAUAUGACACUCCUUCUCUCCAUGCUCCCUUGCACCUUUUCCGAUCCCUUAUUCCCAGGACAAUUUGACUACUCUUGAGUUUCCCAAUUGUCAAGUUGGGAUUUGACUGAUGCCCUUUGUAGAUUUAAAGCCCCUAUCAAGUUUCUCGCUUUAUGAAUGAAUGCAUCUCAAUGAGAUCAGUCAGCUCUGCCAGCUCGUGCCAAAAAUGAGGAUCCAUACUUCAGUU